AUGUAUGCCGAGCCAGGGCUACUGUUCCCCUAUUUGCAGAGCUACUCCCAAGACUUCCAGCAACUCGAAGAGUACUGCAAGUACCAGGAGGACAAUGCUUCAAUGAGCAACCUGAUCUCAUCCUCAAGCAUAUCCGAAUAUGACCUUGGAGGGGAAGGGGACCUAUUCAAGGCACCUGAACUGAUCAUCGAGGAGCCAAUCAUGGGCCUUGAUCCGAUGACAGCAGCCAUUUCCAUGAUAUCUUGUGGGGAAGAAGUCCUUACUCCAUCAGGACUCAAGAUGGCUGCUGGACUUGAAGACAUUCAAAAUGAGCAGCUUCUCAGCGACGUCUUCUACGAGUGCAAGAAAGACCUCAUGGAAAUGGCUGCAGCAAUAGACUCCCCGCUCUCGGAUAUUCUGGAUAUCAAGACUCCUCUGUUGAGAACCGAAGAAAACCAUGUCCAAGACCAUGAGUUGGCCCCUGAUCUAGGGUUGUCAAAGAGUGUUAGCUCGGGGUGUCUAAGCGCGAUGGAUUGGAUCCCUGGAGGUCCGGUGAAGCCGAGUUUCCUGGACUUCCCUGGGAUUGAUUUUACUGCUGCUUAUGGGAUGCGAAGAGCAUUCAGCGAAGGUGAUAUCAAGGCUCUUGGAAAUGGAAACGUGGGACACAUCCAUUCUCCGCGUCCACUGCUCAUUAGCAGCAACUCCACUUCUGAAGCCCGGUUGGAAAAGCUUUCGAGGUACCGAAACAAGAAGAACAAGAGGAACUUUGGCAGGAAGAUCAAGUAUGCCUGCAGGAAGGCCUUAGCAGACAGCCAGCCGAGGGUCCGGGGAAGGUUCGCCAAGACCGAAGAAUCUGAUGGGAUCAAAGGACACCAGCAAUGA